CCAGCUAUAGUCAAGAAUCUCAGCAGUGGGAGGAGAAGAAGAAGAAGAAGCAGCAGCAGAAGAAGAAGAAGAAGAAGAAGGGCUCUCGGUCUGUGGGGGGCGACGGAGGGGUCGAGCGUUUUUGUUCCGCUGGUGGAUCCUGCUUAAACGCUCCAGCGGGUUUGGGGGCUCCAGCGGCGGCGGCGGAGACGAUCCCGCUCGCCCAGGGAAGGAGGCUGGAAGUCGGGGACGCUUCCAGCCUGCAGGGCCGGGCGCCGUGGCGAUUGAGUAUCCGGAAUUUGGUGAACCCUUUGGGGCUCAGUGGAUGGGAUGGAGCCGGGACCAUCUGGCGCUGUGCCCAUCGGGCCGUACCCCCCACCCCUGCAGCAGGUGUUCCAGGCGCCCCGCAGGCCGGGCAUGGGCACCGUCGGCAAACCCAUCAAGCUGCUUGCCAACUACUUUGAGGUGGAAAUCCCAAAAAUGGAUGUGUACCACUAUGAAGUGGACAUCAAACCUGAUAAGUGUCCUCGACGGGUCAACAGGGAGGUUGUGGAGUAUAUGGUCCAACAUUUCAAACCGCAGCUCUUUGGUGACCGAAAGCCAGUGUAUGAUGGGAAGAAGAAUAUCUACACUGUUUUAGCGUUACCUAUAGGCAGCGAAAAGGUUGAUUUCGAGGUGACCAUCCCCGGCGAGGGGAAGGACCGCAUCUUUAAAGUCUCCAUUCGCUGGCUGGCCAAGGUGUCGUGGCGGCUGCUGCAGGAGACGCUGGUCAGCGGACGUCUGCAGGUCCCGCUGGACUCUGUCCAAGCCCUCGACGUGGCCAUGAGACACCUGGCCUCCAUGAGGUACACCCCAGUGGGACGCUCCUUCUUUUCCCCUCCUGAAGGCUAUUAUCAUCCUCUGGGUGGAGGCAGAGAGGUGUGGUUUGGCUUCCAUCAGUCUGUCCGGCCAGCCAUGUGGAAGAUGAUGCUCAACAUUGAUGUAUCUGCAACAGCCUUUUAUAAAGCUCAGCCUGUCAUUGAGUUCAUGUGUGAAGUUCUGGACAUCCGCAACAUCGACGAGCAGCCGAAGACGCUUACCGACUCGCAAAGGGUCCGUUUCACCAAGGAGAUCAAAGGUCUGAAGGUGGAGGUUACACACUGUGGUCAAAUGAAAAGAAAGUACCGCGUCUGUAACGUCACACGUCGCCCUGCUAGUCACCAAACGUUUCCCCUACAGCUUGAGAGCGGACAGACGGUGGAGUGUACCGUGGCUCAAUACUUCAAACAGAAGUACAACCUGCAGCUCAAAUACCCCCACCUGCCCUGCCUACAGGUGGGCCAGGAGCAGAAACACACCUACCUGCCCCUGGAGGUGUGCAAUAUUGUAGCAGGACAGCGGUGCAUCAAGAAACUGACAGAUAAUCAAACGUCCACCAUGAUCAAAGCCACAGCGCGAUCAGCACCAGACAGACAGGAGGAGAUCAGCAGACUGAUGAAGAACGCUAACUUUAAUCUGGAUCCCUACAUUCAAGAGUUUGGAAUCAAGGUGAAGGACGACAUGGCCGAGGUGACGGGGAGAGUCCUUCCCGCUCCCAUCCUGCAGUACGGCGGUCGGAAUCGUGCCAUUGCGACUCCCAACCAGGGUGUGUGGGAUAUGAGGGGAAAGCAGUUCUACAACGGCAUCGAGAUCAAAGUCUGGGCCAUCGCUUGCUUCGCCCCGCAGAAACAGUGUCGGGAAGAGGUGCUCAAGAACUUCACGGACCAGCUGCGUAAGAUCUCAAAGGACGCUGGGAUGCCGAUCCAGGGUCAGCCGUGUUUCUGUAAGUACGCACAAGGAGCCGACAGCGUGGAGCCCAUGUUCAGACACCUGAAGAACACCUACUCUGGACUGCAGCUCAUCAUCGUCAUCCUGCCCGGAAAAACACCCGUCUACGCGGAGGUGAAGCGUGUGGGAGACACUCUUCUAGGAAUGGCCACUCAGUGUGUUCAGGUGAAGAACGUGGUGAAAACCUCGCCUCAGACGCUCUCCAACCUCUGCCUCAAAAUCAACGUCAAACUCGGCGGCAUCAACAACAUCCUGGUGCCACAUCAACGGUCGGCAGUGUUCCAGCAGCCGGUGAUCUUCCUCGGAGCAGAUGUCACUCACCCGCCGGCUGGUGAUGGGAAGAAGCCGUCUAUUACUGCUGUGGUGGGCAGUAUGGACGCUCAUCCCAGCAGAUACUGCGCUACAGUACGAGUACAGCGACCCAGACAGGAGAUUAUUGAAGACCUGUCAUACAUGGUACGAGAGUUACUCAUCCAGUUCUACAAGUCAACCCGCUUCAAACCCACCAGAAUCAUCUUCUACAGGGACGGCGUACCAGAAGGACAGUUACCACAAAUCCUGCACUACGAGCUGUUGGCCAUCAGAGACGCCUGCAUCAAGCUGGAGAAGGACUACCAGCCGGGCAUCACCUACAUAGUAGUGCAAAAGCGCCACCACACCCGCCUUUUCUGCGCCGAUAAAUCUGAAAGAAUCGGGAAGAGUGGGAACAUUCCAGCAGGAACUACGGUCGACACCAGCAUCACACAUCCGUUCGAGUUUGAUUUCUACCUGUGCAGUCAUGCAGGUAUUCAGGGCACCAGCCGACCCUCACACUACUACGUCCUGUGGGACGACAAUCGCUUUACGGCUGACGAGCUGCAGAUUCUCACCUACCAGCUGUGCCACACAUAUGUGCGCUGCACCCGCUCCGUCUCCAUCCCAGCGCCUGCGUACUACGCCAGACUCGUGGCUUUCCGUGCCCGAUACCAUCUGGUGGAUAAAGAGCAUGACAGCGGGGAGGGCAGUCACGUCUCCGGACAGAGUAACGGUCGGGAUCCCCAGGCUCUGGCCAAAGCGGUGCAGAUUCACCACGACACCCUGAGGACCAUGUACUUUGCCUAAGCAAACCUUUGCCACACACCCCUCGAGCCAGUUCACCGGGUGCUACCUGUCCCACAAAGCCCACAGAACCCAACAUGGAGUCUCACACUUUGUUUCGUUGAAUCUGGCUGAACUAUGCUUUUUUUUUUUUUUUUUUUUUAUUAUUAUUUAAUUGUGUAUUAUUGUAUGCUACUUUCGCACUCCCACAUGUAUGUAUGUAUGCAAUACGGAGGGAAGGAACGCAGACGAAGCUGUCGUUUUGUAUGCCACCACAAAGCUGCCUCUUAACCUGACGCCAGAGUUCAAACGCCCGAAGUGGAGGAAUCGUUGUUACUUCCUUUGGCAUUAUUUUUAUUGUCGUGAAAGUUUCUUUUUAAAUGUUUUAUUUUUGUGAAUGACAUGGUACAUUAGCACUUAGUUUUAGUCGAAAGGCACCGCGAGCCCAGAAGAAGCGCAGGCAGUGAUCGACUGUAGCAGAAGCCGCAGACGCAGGUGUCUCGGAUCGAUUUUAGACUCGCCGUUAGUUAAGAGAGUGGCCGAAUUAGCGUAACGAUAGAUGGACCACUGAGUGCAUCGAUGCAUUUGCACUCUCACAUCAGCAUAACACCGAAACCAGCAUUAUGCACCAGCCAAACGCCAUGCCAACCGGUGACAAAGGGCCCUCGUCUGUGAAACGUGCAGUUUACUGCACUUGAAAAGGAUGAUUUUGCUCACUUUUUUUUUUACUUCCAGUGCACACAAAUCUUCCUGAACUUACAGGAAUAGUUCACCCAAGAAUGAUGAUUUAAAAAAAAAAACAAUUCUCCCAUGAAACAGAAUGAGCUGUUUUCAAUGCAGCACUAAAUAGAUGGUGAUUUAUACUGUGAAGCUCCAUGUGAGUGUCAUAUUAUGGAAGUCAUAUUUUAGAUUUGCAUAAGAAAAAGACCCAAAUUUUAGUUGUUAUUCACUUUUUUUGCUUUUUGUGUUUUAAAUAAGACUGUAAAUGAGAUUGAGAGCUGCAAUGGAGACCAGAAUCAGUUAAUAAUCACUUAAUCAUGUGAAUUCAGAAGACUUGGAAUACAGUAUUUUUACGGCAGUAUAAAUUACCAUCCACCCUUUGUGAAUUUUUUUUUUGUUUGUUUUUUUUUUUACAUUUUUGGGUGAACUUUUCCUUUAAACUGUUCCUUCCACUGGCCUCUGUACACGAAGCAAUACAAGGUCACUGAGAGCAGUCAUUAAGAUGAUUGAAGAGAAUGAGAUGCAGGAAUAGCUGUUUGUAUAUAGUGAGCCUGUCCUCUCUCCCACACAGGCUCACAAAGGCCGUUGGGUCGCAUCGCCACACAUCGUAGCGGUUCUGCAUUGUUUUCAAACGUGCCGUUGGUAACACUGCCACAUUCCCUUCCCAACAAGCACAUUUAACACUUGCCAGUAUCAUUGCACCUUUUGCCCUCGCCUGACGCCCAUCGGUGCAGCGAGCAUGUGGGCAUGACGGAAAACGCCUUUUCCGCAGGUUAGAGGAGCAUUAUGCCAUGUAAUCAUGUCAUACGGUGGAUGUAUGAAAUGCAUGUUUAAACUGAGUUGGUGUUGUAACUGGAGCCUCUUAGUGAUCAUAUUAAGACUGAGCCCGUACUAACAUUUGAUGCCAUACUUUCUCACCCGUUUGCCUUAAAAUGAAAAAGCUGUCAUUACGAAUCUGGAUUUUUUUCUUUUUUUUUCUUUCCUCCCACAGCUGCAUACAAAUAACACUUCAUAGGAUGAAUAAAUAAUGACAGAGUUUUCAUUUUUUGGUGAACUUUCCCUUUAAAGAAACCUUUUACUGCUAUAAAAAGUGGCUAAGAGUCUCCACAAGGUGGUGUUGUUGAAAGACUCUCCUCAAAGCACCUAAAAACGGUUUGUUGAAAUUCAAAGGGAUUUUAAUGUAACGGUUGACCAUGUGUUAUUUUAACUUGCGUUUAUGAAAUGUAUACAAAGACAUGCCUUUAUAUAUUAGGUUUUACCAAGCCAACGAGGUGAUUUUUAUUGAUGCCCGCUGUACAAUAUUGAUCCGGUCUGUCCUAGACUAAAUAUUCUGAUGCAGUACUUGACUCUCAGAAGCCACAGCACCUCAUGGGUGAUGAAGAAGAUGGAGGUGCGUGACGGCGUAAUUGGAGAGUGAACUUCACCCGACCUCAAUGUUUAAGCAAUAUUAAGCCACUGAUAAAGAACAGUCCGUAUCAUAGCACUUCCCAGUAGAUUCAAUGAAUGAACACAUAAGUCAUUUUGGCUCUGUAUGUAAUAGUGAGAGGACUUUGUUCGGGACGAUUAUUUUUUAAAGAAAAUA